CUCAGUUGGAAAAACUAGAAAUACUACUCUAUUAACUGUCAUAUCGUUUGCCACAUUUCGUUGCUAAGAAAUCGUUCUUGCAUUCACUUUAAUGCUUAUAAAUAAUAAAUAAAAGAAUACAGUUCAAAAAAGGAAUUAAAAUGCAAGGGCCAGCUGUGUUUAUGGACAUAUCCCUGGAAGAUCAGGCACUCGAACUGAGAAGAUAUUUUAAGAGCCUUGGCGCCGAGAUUUCAGAAGAAAAAUCACCUAAGGGCAUUGAGGAUGAUCUGCAUAAGAUCGUUGGGGUUUGUGAUGCUUGUUUCAAAGAGCCGAGUGAAUCGGACAUCGAAGCCAUUCUGAACAGUAUUGUCUCUAUUAUGGUUUCUAUACCAUUAGAAAGAGGAGAAAACCUUAUCUUAGCAUUUAGUCAAAGGCUCACUAAGGCUCCUGGCCCUAAACUUGGAAUGGUAGCUUUGCAAUCGUUAUGGAGACUUUACAACAACUUAGAACCCAACUCACCUCUAAGAUACCAUGUAUAUUAUCAUGUCAUAGAACUGGCUGCACGAGUUGGAUUUGUCAGGGAAGUCUUCACUGGGGUUGAGCAGCUUAGGAAAGAGUUUGCUAACUGCCCACCCUCUAAUGAACAAAUGCAGAAAUUGUAUCGGCUUUUACAUCAAGUGUUAAAAGACCAAAACAGUGAACUAGCUGCUAAAGUAAUGAUUGAGCUACUGGGCACAUAUACAGAUGAAAAUGCUUCAUAUGCAAGAGAAGAUGCAAUUAAAUGUAUAGCGACAGCAUUGGCAGAUCCCAACACAUUUCUGCUGGAUCCCUUGUUAACAUUAAAACCUGUGCGUUUCCUUGAAGGAGAGCUCAUUCACGAUUUACUUACAAUUUUUGUAUCUGAAAAGUUAUCAAGCUACCAGACAUUCUAUAAUAAUCAUAAAGAGUUUGUACAUUCUCAAGGCUUAAACCAUGAACAGAAUAUUAAGAAAAUGAGAAUAUUGUCAUUUAUGCAAAUGGCAGAAACAAAUCCAGACCUUACAUUUGAUGAGAUUAUAUCUGAACUUCAAAUUGAAGAGAAAGAUGUGGAAGCAUUCGUAAUUGAAGUACUGAAGACUCGUUUGGUGCGCGCCCGCAUGGACCAGGCGCAGCGCACGGUCCGCGUGUCCAACACGAUGCACCGCACGUUCGGGCGCGAGCAGUGGCAGCAGCUGCGCGACGUGCUGCUGGCGUGGCGCGCCAACGUGCACCAGGCGCACGAGGCCAUGAAGUCCGUCGCCGCGGCGCAGAUCGAAUACGCCGCGCAACAACAGAAAUCCUAAUUGCAGUCACAACUUUAUUUAUUAUACAUAUUGCAAUUGCUUCGGACUUGUUAUUCUGUUAUGUUAUAACAUAUCACAAAAUCUGAGUUUCAUUUUCACCACUUCAGGAUAGGAACAGAUUAGGCUGUUUAAAUAAAUACCUUUCUUUUAAUUUUGAAAUAUAAUUAGGCUGUUUAAAUAAAUACCUUUGCCUUUUAAUUUUGAAAUAUGAUUGUUGGUAUCGGUAUUUACGUGCCUAGUAAAAGACAUAAAUUUAUAAUUAGAAGAUGGAGAAGGUGUCUUAAAAUAAUAGUGUAAGCAUUUGGAUAAUAAUAAAAUGAAAGCCCUUUUUUUAAACAACCGAAAUUUUGGAAUUAAUGUCAUCUAAUACCUACAACCAGUUGCGAUUUGUGUAAUAAGAAUAAAUUUAUUAUUUUGUAUCAAUAAAUCUGUCAAAAUA